UAUACAUAUAUAUGCAGAAUGCAGCCCCUCCCUCUCUUUCCUUAAUAUUAGUUAUUCACUCACUAUAUAGCUAGUCACUAGAGAUAUGAUCGAGUAGCUACCUACUUUGAUUAUAUAUAUAUUUAUAGAGAAGCUAAUAAGCAAGUAAGUAAGUGAGUGAAGAUGGAGGAGGAAUAUGAUAAUAAUAAGUGGUUGAUGUGGAUGAAGAGAAAACAAGUGUUUGUUGGAAAGAAGAGUAGUAGUAGUAGUAGUUACUCAUACUUAUCAUGGGAAGAGAGGGCUUUUGCAGAAGAUGCAGCAAGAGUUCUUGGUGGAAGCACAUGGCCGCCAAGAUCAUACACUUGCAAUUUCUGCCAUAGACACUUCACCUCUGCUCAAGCACUUGGUGGUCACAUGAAUGUUCACCGAAGAGAUAGGGCUAGACUCAAACAAUCAUCAUCAUCAUUAGGAGAAGAUAACCAACAACAUGCUAUAACAGGCUCUUACUCUUCUUCAAUUAAAAGGGGGCAACAGAAGAAUUUUGAAGAAGAUGAAGACACCAUGAUCAGUAGUUGUAAGAAGUUAAAGACUACUACCACCAUUUUCUGCCUCAACCCAUGUUCAAACGAUAAUGGAAUUGAAGACUUGGAUCUUGAACUCAGGCUAGGUGCCAAACAACAAAAAGUUAACUAGUUUUAUUAUUUAGUGUAUAUUUCGGACACAAUCAAGAACUCUUGUCAAGUUAAUUAGUUGUCAUCAAUGAUCAAGCUUUCAUUAAUUACUACUGUU